AUGCAGCCCCCUUACCUCCACCUCCUGCUCUUCCUUCUCCUCCUCCUCCCUGGGACAUGGGCAGAUCCAGACGGCUUUUGUAAACUCCACCUUUUCCAAACCUUCAUCUUCCACAACACCAACUUUGUGGACAUUUCAGCCUGGGCCACCCUGGAGGACAUCAUCUUUGCUACCCUGCAGAAAGACACCUCAAACAUCCUCUACCUCCACCCAUGGGUCUACCCAGCCCUGCCUGCAGCAGAGUGGGCGAACCUGCAAAACCUGUUCAGCAUCUACAUGCACAACUUCAUCCUGUCCCUGUCCGAUGAUGCCAGGCUGUACCAGACACCCUACCCUUUUGUGUUCCAGUGCGCAACGGGCUGCGACUUGUAUCCCAAUGGCUCCUAUACCAAAUUCUACCAUCUCGCCUACAAUGCCCAUGAUUUCCUCAGCUUCAAUGUGGAUAACAGCUACUGGGAGAGGCAGCAGGAGAGUGAGCUGGCAGAGCAAGUUGAGAGGCAGUUCAACACCUUCACCGGCUUCUCUGCGACCCUGCAGCACCUUCUCAAUGUCACCUGUGUUGACCACAUGAAGAAAUUCAUUGAGUAUGGGAGGGCAGAUCUGGAGAGACAAGAGCCACCCAUGGCCACAGUCUUCACCCGCACACCCAGCCCAGCUCAGCUCCUGCUGGUUUGCCGCGUCACCGGCAGCUCCAAGGUAGCUCUCGGUGUCAGCAUCACCAUCAUACUGCUGCUGACUGUGACUGCAGCCCUUGCUGGGGCCAUUUGGCACUACAGGCACAGGUCCCUUCCUCGUCCCCACAUGUCCCGGUGCCCCUACUCCAUGAG